AAUGAGUGUCGGCCAAGGUGGACGCGCACGGAUACAGGGUCGCGCACGUUUGCAAGAUUAUUUUAAACGGGCACGAGUACGUGCGCGUGCUCGUAUUCUUUGUGUGGCAGCGUAGAGAAGCGCCAAAAGAGUGACCAUGGCUGAUGAAAAACCAAAGGAGGGAGUCAAGACAGAAAACAACGAACACAUAAAUCUGAAGGUAGCAGGUCAGGAUGGAUCUGUUGUGCAGUUCAAGAUCAAAAGACACACACCACUUAUCAAACUCAUGAAGGCCUACUGCGAGAGACAGGGACUGUCAAUGAGGCAAAUCCGGUUCAGAUUUGAUGGGCAGCCGAUAAAUGAGACAGACACACCUGCACAGUUGGAAAUGGAAGAUGAAGACACAAUUGAUGUGUUUCAACAACAGACAGGCGGUCUGAUUUAAGCAACUACAGCCCCAGCCUGUCACAUCCAGCGGCUGGUCCUCACAAGUCCCAACAGAAUGCCACACAGAAUAAGGUUUAUUUGUUGUAUAAUAUUUUCAUUCAUGCCCCUGUUACUGUUUCAUCUUUGUACAUAAGUGACAUCCAUCUUGUUCUUGCUGUGUUGUGGUAAAUGAGCGUCCACCCGUUUGAAGGGUUUGCUCUGAAGAUAAAGUUGGAUAGAGAUGACUCCAUCCACUGAGCAAAUGUUGCUCUGCUCUGGUCAUUGUCCAGCAGCUCUGUACUCCAGUUAAGUCGUUUAGGCACUGGCUCCCAUCCAGACCAGUACUCCCACGUAGGGAAUGUGUCUUGGUUACCAUUAAGUCCGUUCAUACCAGGAAAAAACAUGUUGAUUUUCUAAACUUUUUAUAUCGUACUUAUUUGUUCUUCCUGUCCACCUCAAACGUUUGGGAACCAUAAAGGGAUGCUUCAGUUUAAAACAUAUGUAUUGUCUGUCAAAAUAUGUGUUAAAUAAAGUUAUUGUCUUUUUUCUCAAA